CAUUCCUGCUUCCCUCUCUCUCUCUCUCUCUCCCCCUCUCUCUCUGCGGCCAUAAUCACUGGAGCCACCAAGACCCAGAAAACGACGACAGCUCUCUCUCUCAACAAAUCUAUACGGAAACCCUAAUUUUUCUGUUUGGCGUGCCUCAGCUAAGCUUUUUUCAUCUUCAUUAAUGGCGGUCCAACUGCUGCUCUCUUCCCCCCUUCUCUCUCUCUCUCUGAAUCUUUGACUUUGGAUUGUUGAUUCUUCUAGAUUUCUCUCUCUCCGGUUGCUAUUGUUUCAUUCUCUAUUGUCGCCAUCGCUACCAUUUUCUUGGCAUCAGAUUCGAAGUUUGAAAACAUCUCCAAAAAGUGCUAAUUCUUUUGUCUCUGAACCAUUAUUAUCGAAAUCAAUAUUCGUGUUCCUCGCGCUUUUUGACCAGCAGUUUGGCAACCGAACAGUUACUUUCAUCAAGGUCGGCCGAAAAGGGAAAAAAAGAGUUGAAAAACACAGCAAGUGAUUUUUAUAUACUAUAAUAUAGAGAUAGAGAGUUUGGGGAUUGUUGUGGUAGUACAAUGUUACAGUUCCAACAACGGGACAGCUACGAGACCCCUUGUUGUUAUUAUUCAAGCGAGACCUCAUCGAUGAGUAGUAGCGUCGACAGUUGCGUGAGUUUCAGCAGAUUGUCCUUCGAAAACCUCAGCUUGAUCAGAUCGGAGUCCUCCCCGGAGAACAAUCCGUCUCUGAAGCCCCACCGGUCGUCGGACUCCUCAUGGCGGGCGAUCCAGACGGCGACGUUCAAGCGGAAGGCCGCGCUGGGACUGAGGGACUUCAGGCUGGUGCGGCGGAUCGGGAGCGGCGACAUCGGGAGGGUGUACUUGUGCCGGCUGGCGAGCGGCGACGGCGGCGGGGUAUAUGCGAUGAAGGUGGUGGAUAAGGAGGUGUUGGCUGCGAAGAAGAAGAGUGAGAGGGCGGAAACUGAGAGGAAGAUUCUGAAGAUGCUGGACCAUCCGUUCUUGCCUACGCUUUACGCCGAGUUUGAAGCCUCGCAUUUCUCUUGUGUGGUCAUGGAGUACUGUCCCGGUGGGGACUUGCAUUCUCUCAGGCACAAACAGCCGUACAAACGAUUCUCUCUCAGUUCUGCAAGGUUCUACGCAGCUGAGGUUCUCGUCGCUCUAGAGUACCUCCACAUGUUGGGAAUCAUCUACAGAGACCUCAAGCCCGAAAACGUCCUAGUCAGAUCCGACGGCCACAUCAUGCUCUCCGACUUCGACCUCUCCCUCUGCUCCGACGCAAUCCCAGCCGUCGAAUCCCCCCACUCUUCCCCCGACCCCCUGAAUUCCCCCACACGCCGUAAUACAAAACUAUACCCCUUCUCCUGCCUCUUCCGCUCCAAGAAGAUCCAGACCUUGACUGCGAACAGGCUGUUCGUCGCCGAACCGGUCGCGGCCCGGUCGUGCUCGUUCGUUGGGACCCACGAGUACGUGGCCCCGGAGGUCGCGUCGGGAAGAUCCCACGGGAACGCGGUCGACUGGUGGGCCCUGGGGAUCUUCCUCUACGAGAUGGUCUACGGCCGGACGCCGUUCGCGGGCGAGACCAACGAGGCCACGCUGCAGAGCAUCGUGAAGAGGCCCCUCGCGUUCCCGACCCGGUCGCCGUCGACGGCGGGUGAGGCGCACGCGCGGGACCUGAUAUCCGGGUUGCUGUUGAAGGAUCCGGCGAGUCGGAUCGGGGCGAGGCGCGGGGCGGCAGAGGUUAAGACCCACCCGUUCUUCAAGGGCUUGAACUUGGCGCUGGUGCGGUCGCUGACGCCGCCGGUGGUUCCGGAUGCAGAGAGGCAGAAAAAGACGACGUCAGGCAGUGGGAAGAAAUCAACGGCGUUUGAUUACUUCUGACAGUGACAGGUGUUAAAUGGCGUUCCCGCCAAUUUUGGCGAUAGGCAAUAUAUAGUGUGUAUGUAUAUUCGUAGGGCAGGGCAGAGCUGUCAUUUUAAAAACGGAGUAUUUAUAAUUGCAGAUUACUAGUAGUAAUACUACUACUACUACUACUAUAGUACUUUAGUUAGAAAUCAAAAGGUGUUAGCAAAGUAGGAGUAAUAAAGAGUAGUUCGUUGUAGUAUUUUAAUGAAGAGAAUGAGACAAUUAAAGAUAAUGUUAGUAGUAGGAGUACUACACAGAAGUUGACGUGUUAAUGAAGAAGAGAUUAGAUAAGAAUUAUUGACUGACUAA